AUGGAUUAUAAACCAAUACAAAAUGAUCAAUCUAGUUUUCCUAUUGAAAGAGCUCAUAUUCGUAUAAUAAAUGGAUCAAAUGAUAAUAAAAAACAAUCAUCUUCUGGUAAAAAAAUUUCCAAGUCAAAUAAUCAAGUUGAUGAAAAUUCAACGAUAAAACCUAUACGAAUGAGUACGCGUAAGAAUUCAAUAAAAACUGAAAUAAUUACAGAAAUGAACCCAUCUUUUGAAACAAAACCAAUUAUUUUAUCUUCAAAUGAAAUUUCAAAAGAAUGGUUAACACAUAAUGUUUUUUAUCGUUGUCAUGCUUGUUCACAUGAAGAAUUUUUUGUUGUUUUAUCACGUGAAUGUAUUAAUUUACAUGUAUCAUCAAAACAUGUCAAUAUGGAAGAAAAUUUUAAACAACGCUUAUCAAAUUUUCUUAAUAAUAGAGGACGUUCGCUAAAAAUUUUUCAACAUUAUUUAAAAUGGCAACAACCAUGA